AGAUCACAUACCCCUGUCGGUUCGGUCUGCUUGACAUACCCAAAAAUAGUACAUAUGAAGCCGUACGCGAAGAUCUGGUGAGCAUCUGGACCCAUGCGGUAGAGGAUGUGUUAAAUAUACCGAAGUCCCAAUUCCCUGAGAAACGUAUCAUGCUGCUGAUUCCGGAUUCCUACCGGAAACGGCAUGUCCGUGUAAUGACAGAGGUUCUGUUGGAGGAGAUGGGCUUCCGAGGCAUAUACCUACAUCAAGAAGGUGUGUGUGCCACGUUCGGGGCUGGAUUGUCACACGCGUGUGUGGUGGACGUAGGAGCGUCUAAGAUCAGUGUGAGCUGUAUUGAGGAGGGGAUGUCCAUACCGGAAACGCGCGUAUCGUUGCGAUACGGUGGCGAUGACGUGACCAGAGAGCUGAAAGCGAGGUUAACGAAGGUGAAGUUCCCAUAUAAAGAACUGGAUCUGAACAACACGCUCGACUGGCGGAUGAUGUCCAGUAUCAAGGAAGGCCACUGUCAUCUGGUGCCCAAAGAGAGUCUCAAUGCCGAGCCCAUAAAAUUAGUGGUCCGGCAACCAACCAUGCCGCUGGCGGUAAAGUACUCAUUCCGGAUCAGUCACGAUGCCGUGAAAUGCCCCCUGAUCCUAUUUAAUUUCAAGAAAAUCGGCACGGCGAAGUACAACAAGCACAAACAGGGUACGCGGUUUAUAGUGCGGGACUUGCAAACGCGGCAAGUCAACGACACAGAUCCAACGGAUGCAUUCGACGACGCCUUUAUCAGCGAAGUAUCCACUCUGCAGUACCCCACUCGGUACAACUUCAACCAGUUGUCCAAAGUGGUGCCCAGCAUAGCCAAACCCGAGGCAACAAAGAAAGAUCAGCCCAAGAGUGCGUCCAGCGACGGCCUGACUACUGAUGGGAACAAAAACGAUUCUUCGUCAGAUGCCAAGAGCACCAACGGCAUCACCAUCCCACCCGGAGCACCCCAAUGCGCCUGGAAGGGGUGCGUCUCCGAGCGCGAGUCAUACGGCCCUGCCCUCUUGGACGUUUGGACUCAUGUUAUGGACACCCACAUACCCGUCAAAGCCAUGGGUGGGCACAAGUGCGAAUGGGAAGGGUGUGAGCGAGAAGCCGGUAAGGCGUUCCCCAACAAGGCGUCGUUUAUGAGCCAUUUGCGCACCCAUAUUCCCAUUCUGGGCUCGCAGAUGACUACCGGUACAGCACGGGUGGCGACUAAUGUUGGGGGCACGGCCGAGCGCUCUAGUACGGGCACCGUAGGGUCUGGCAGUAGCAGUGGUGCUCACCAGUGUUAUGCAGAGAUUGCGCGGUCGGAAAGGGCCAAUGCCGAGAAGAAGAUGCAAGACUCAGUGGAAGUAGAAAAGGCCAUAGGCGCACUCAAAGGCAUCGACGAUCUCAUUGCAUUCUCUAUAGCAAAGUGUGGCGAGGCUGCCUCUGGUGUAGGGGCUGGCGAUGAGAUUAUGAAGAAGAUGUACACGUCUAUCUUGUUGGUAGGGGGAGGCCAGAUGUUUCGAGGCUAUGCAACGUUGCUGGAACAAAGAUUAUAUGCGCGCGUACCUCCAUCAUUCCGAAAGGGUGCACAAAAGGCGGUGCAGGUCAUAGAAAGUCCCAAGGAUAUGGACGCGCGCAUGAUGGCUUGGAAAGGGGGCUCGAUUUUGGCGCGUUUGGAAAUUCUGGACAGUUUUUGGAUCGAAAAGGACGAAUGGUUGGAACGGGGCGUGGGUGUUCUGCGAGAUGUUCUGCCCUUUAUAUGGUGAUAUAAAUGUAUAUAUGCAUGUGUAUAAGAUAUAUGUAUAUAUGCGUGUGUAUAUGUAAAUGUAUAUAUGCAUAUAUGCAUAUAUAGUAUCUGUGAUAUCAGCACAAUAAAUACGAGUCGAACUAUGAAGCCCGGGGGUCUCAUUUGUAUAUGUAGAUCGAUUUUACCAGGGUCGUUGACUACGGCUCGAAUUCCAC